AGAAUUUUUUUUCUGAAGAGUUUGGAAUGCCAGGGGGGAAAAAGGUGGGCCCUAGUGGCACUGGUGCCAUUGCCCCCUCUGGGAUCAGGCGAUCUGAAACCAGUGAAGGGGCUUCAGCACAGAGGGAAGAAGAACAAGAGGAAGAAGGGGAUGAAGACCUCCGGGAUGGAGGUGUCCCCUUCUUUGUUAACCGGGGUGGGCUGCCUGUGGAUGAGGCCACCUGGGAGAGAAUGUGGAGACACGUGGCCAAGAUUCAUCCUGAUGGAGAGAAGGUGGCACAGAGGAUUCGUGGGGCCACAGACCUACCCAAGACUCCCAUACCAAGUGUGCCUACAUUCCAGCCGUCCACCUCGAUCCCUGAGCGCCUGGAAGCCAUACAGCGUUAUAUCAGGGAGCUGCAGUACAAUCAUACAGGGACACAGUUCUUUGAAAUUAAGAAGAGCAGACCUCUGACUGGGCUGAUGGACCUGGCUAAGGAGAUGACCAAAGAGGCUCUGCCAAUCAAAUGCCUAGAAGCUGUGAUCCUGGGAAUUUACCUCACCAACAGCAUGCCCACACUGGAGCGCUUCCCCAUCAGCUUCAAAACCCACUUCUCAGGGAAUUACUUCCGACACAUCGUGCUGGGAGUGAACUUUGGGGGCCGCUAUGGAGCGCUAGGCAUGAGCCGCCGUGAGGAUCUCAUGUACAAGCCUCCGACUUUCCGCACACUCAGCGAGCUGGUCCUGGAUUAUGAGGCUGCCUACCAACGUUGCUGGCAUGUACUGAAGAAGGUGAAGCUUGGCCAGUGUGUUUCUCACGACCCCCACAGCGUUGAGCAGAUUGAGUGGAAGCAUUCCAUCCUGGAUGUGGAGAAGUUGGGGAGAGAGGACUUCAGGAAGGAACUAGAACGGCAUGCCCGAGACAUGAGGCUGAAGAUUGGCAAAGGGACUGGCCCACCCUCUCCUACCAAGGAUCGGAAAAAGGAUGUGUCCUCCCCACAGCGGAGCCAGUCCAGUCCACACCGCCGCAACAGUCGAGGAGAGAGACGACCAUCUGGUGAAAAGAAGCCUGCUGAACCCAAAGCCAUGCCAGACCUCAAUGGGUACCAAAUUCGAGUGUGAUAUGGGUGGUGAUGAUACCACUUACUCCAUAGACUUACUACUACCCCCUCGGCUACAGGACCAAGAGCCACCCACCGUGAGCCUUGAUUGAGGGGAGGUGUGGGUUGAGGGGACAGUGGGAGGAGCCCAGAGCUCCCCUUCAUCUGACAACACUGCCUCCCUCGGGCAGAACUUGGGUCUCUCCCAGCAUUUGUGGAAGAGGCAUAUUGAUCCUAAGGGGAAGAGGAAGAGGAAUCAGUAUGAUCCCAGAGGUUUGUUUAAUACAUCCCACAAAGCAACGUGUUGAAUAGGUCACACCUGUCUCAGGGCAAGUGGUGUCCCAGAGACAACUGGCUGUGACCACAUGCCUCCAUGGGAAGCACUGCCAGGGCCAAUCUAAAAGCUGGUGCCAUUCCUUAGGCACUGCACCAGAGAACCAUGAUGCCACCAGAGAUGAGGAAGAAUCCCCCACACAUAGCACUGGCAGCUGUUGCCUCCCAGGCUUGGAGAAGCCUUAGCUGCGGGGCUCAGCCUCGAGCCCUCCCUGUGGCCAUCUACUUGUGGGUCUGUCUGCAGCAGGGUUUGGACUUCUCUGGAGCCCCAGGGACCUGGUUUUGCAUAGUCAUAUUGAGUUGGAAGUAGGUGAGCACACAGAGUAGCACAGAACAAGAAGAGAGUAGCCAUGGGAGACAAGCGUCAUAACUCAUGACGGGACACCAUGGAAGGUGAAGAGUCCUGCUUCAGCUCUGGUUCUCCCUUUCUUUGGGCAGGAGCCAAAUUCUCCUCCUCUCUCUUGUCCCAAAGCAUCAAUACUGGUCUCCUUCCCCAGGCAGAGAACUAGGGACUGGAGAUGAUGAUGCCUAGCGUCGGAUGCUCUUCUCUUUCACCAGCUAAAUUUAAUGAUUUGGGCGACCGUGAUCCUAGUUAUGAGUAAUAGGAAGGAACCCAUUGCCAUCAGAUGGGAUCUUCAGCAGCCCAAUGAGCCCAGUAAGAAAGGACAUCUGUGGUAGAAUAAUCCCAGAGCUCUGCCCAGCAGACAUUGAGUAUAUUUGUAAAAAGGAGUAUUAACUCAGUUCUGAGAAGAGGCAAGAGGAAGAUAGACUCUGAGAAGGUCAGAGCACCCUUGGGUGCAGAGCACCCAUGAUUAGGGAGUGUAACAUGGAUGAAGAUCCAGCAAAAGAGGCAAGGAAAGAGCAAAAAGGCAUAAAGGAGGACCUAGAGAGCUAUUUCAGUUGAGCGAAUCCCAGGAUGAGUAGGAAGAGGCAGAGAAAUUCAGAAGAUUAGCAGUUAAUGGGAGAAGGCAGUGGGACACUGAUGAGGUUGGGACAUAAUGGCAGGAGGCAGAAGGGUCCUUGAGAAGUCUAGGGUUAGCAGGAAAGGGCAGGGUCAUAGCCUAGUGGGAAGAGACAGAGGAAGUCAUGAUGAUAGGAUUAGGAGAAGGACCCCAAGACUUAAAUAGCAGCAGAGUUUGGGGGGAGAUGAUGGAGCCAGCCUAAAGAGGACUCAGGGGCAAAGCUCUGUGAGUUGUUGUUAGCUUACAAUGAAGAUGUUAAGCAUGUCGUAGAAUGGGUAUGUUGAAGGGGGAUUAGAAUGGGGGUGAUAGUUGGACUCAGAAUUGACCAGAAGGACCUAGAAUAAGCACAAACCGGUGGGAGAAGGAAAGUCAUGGUGGUGCUAAUGUUUGGUGAUACUUUUGGGGUGACAAAGAAAAAACAUAAAAUCCAUAAUUUCAUAGAGAAAGAAAAAAGGAAACAUCAUCCAUGCUAUUGAAUGCAAAAGAAAACCGAUGUUUAGGCUGAGAGACAUGAAUAAGAGGAUGGGGACAGACACAGAGCUUUGAAAUGACCCUGGAGCUUAUCUGCCUGCCUUCAUCCCAUCAGCAGGCAGUAAGCAUCAUUGAAUGGGGACUGGGAGAAGGAUAGAGCAGAAAUGGAUAUAGGGCAGAGUUCCACAGUGGAAAGAAAAGAACAUAAGCCUCAGGAAGAGGGUGGGGAAUGGAGAAAACAAGCUCGGUGUUGGCCAGGACUCCACAGGGGCAGACAUCAAAGCAAGCCCACACUUCAGAGUGCCCCUACCCCAGAGGAAACCAGUCUGGGCCUCAGGGCUUGGCACAGAUAUCCAGAUGUGGUGGAUUAGGGACCGACCUCUCAGCAGGCCCCAGAGGGGAUAUAGAAACCAUCUAGUACAGAGACUGGUGUUUGGCUUAGUCCAGAGAAGUGAGAAGGGCAAGAGCUGCCUUUCCUGGUCCCUAUAAGGGGAAGUUAUACCUGGUGACAGCUGCUGGUGGUAUGUGGAUGUGGGAGGGAAGUAUUAGGCUCAAGAUUGGAAACAGUGGUCUUUCCCAGCAGCUGUCAAAGCCUAAAGAUUGCCAAGAGGCUCUGGGGUGACAGCUGGUCCAUCCGACUAGGGGACAGCAAUCCCCGGGUUGGCUUACCAGACUAAAGGGACAGCUACCUACUUCAGCCCUGGAAGCAAAUGCAAAAGGUAGAAAGGAGGUCGCUAGUCAGAUUCUAGUCUCUCUAGCUCACCUUGGGACUAACAGAUAGCCCUGCAUCCUUCCUCUGCCAACUCUACACCCAACCUCCCCGAAGGAGGGAACUGAAGAUGUGUCUAUACUAACUUAAUAACCAGGGAUCUUACUUCACAACACCGGGAAGGAACCUAAUCUUCCCUGCCUGCCACCACUACCUGCCAUCCCAUAGUGGUUUCCCGUUGGAUAAUAAUGGUCAUAACAUGUUUAUAGCUACCAAAAAAAAAAAUAACCACUCCAUUUGGCAGGAUGAACCAUAAGGCUGAAAACCAGUGAUUCAUUGGUACAGAGUUGCUCCUUAAAUUGUGUCCCCAUCUGGAUCACAUUCCCCUCUAACAAAGAGGAGAUGUGAGGUUGUAACUUGGGGACAGGAGGUACAGUGUGAAAUGGACCUGAACAUAACUGGCCAGGCAGGAUGGGACCAGAGCUCUGAGUCAAUACUUGGAACCUACCAUGUUCCUUUCCCAUAAUUCAAACCUGUAGAGUUGGGAGCUCCUAGCUCUGAGAAAGGGAGGGGUGGAGGAGGAAUGAAGCCCUGACCUCUUCCUGUAACUAAAAUCAAAGCAGCUGCUUAUUCCUUCCUGUUGGUGAUUUCCCCAGACUAUUCUCUGGGGCUUGGGAGAUGUGAGGAGAAUCAUGUAAAAAACAAAACAAAACAAAACCCAGUGGUGCUUUUUAUUUAUUUUUAAACUGUUUUUUAUAUGUAGCAAUCCCACCUCCCUUCCUUUGCCCACUAUGUUUACACUUUAUAGAGGGGGAUAGGGAGUGGAAAGGGUGAGGGGUGAAUGGGGGACAGGGUUGGAGAAGGACUAAACAACCCUAGAAUCUGAGUGGAAACGCAGGAAGCUUUGGUUUUUAGCUUCCCCGUCAGGGGAAAGCAUGCACCUCCAACUCAAUAUUUGGUUGGAAUCAGUGAGAUGAAAGACAACAUCGAACAUAAUUGCCUUUUCUUCCAGUAUCUAUCUCGUUGAGUUUCCUUCUGACUCCACUGUCUCAGGAAGCUCCUGGUCUCAGUCGUAUGGAAUAGAUAGGGAUUCAUGGCAUCCUCUCCCUCCCUAUAUGAAUUAUCAGCCUAUAUACCCAUCACCACUAUACCAUUACCUCUAUGACUCCACCAGGAUAUGAUAAGGAAAACUGUAGCCUGGAAGAAGGCAUCAACAUCAUCCGUUGCUCAUUUUUGCCAGCAGUUAUUCCUGUGAGGUCACACCCUAGGUGAGAUCAUCUGCAGUAGAGAGUGAAAGCAGUGACAAAAAUCACUAGGGACCCUGUCAAGCUAUACUGAUGGGGGAAAGGGCAGAGAGCGUCAUGGAGAGGUUGAUUGACUGGGGGGCAUCCUGUGCUUCCAAAUUCUCCCACUCUAGACCUCAGUCUUUCUACCUUGGCUGGUAGGUACCUACACAUUUGGGCACCUGGGCUUUCAGAUGCAGCUCGGACUGAAUGCAGAGUUAGUCCUCGGUGGGCUUUCAUUCUCAUCUUCUGGAGUAGCAGCAGUAAAAGAGCCUGAAUGUUCCAUACUAUUGCCUCCACCCAUUCACAAUUUCCGCCAGCAGUAAUGUGUGCUUUAAGGAGGAGCAGGUUUAGAUCCAUUCACUCAGAGGGAAUUUGGGAUUUGGGUUGGUUUCUUGUUUAUUUUGAAAAUAGAGACAGCACUGUGAUGCAGUAAGACUCCACUGGACAAGAAGUUGAGGGACCCAGAUUUAAAGCCUGGCUCUAUUGCUAAGUACCUGGACAAGUCACUUGAUUUACUUUGCUCUGUUAAAUGAAGGGAUUGGUUUCCUUUCAUCCCAGACAGUCUGUGAAUUCCAUGGUGUGCCAUAGCCUAUGCCAACAGAAGCCCCUGCCUCCCCAUCACCUUGUUCCUCUCCCACACUGAAAAGCCAAGGUCAGAAGGAGGAGGGACUGGUCUGCUCCAGGAAUGUCAAGCAUCUGACAGAGAGAGCCUAAUCCCCAAACCCCCUGACCCUGAAACCAUUUUACCUCUCUGUGGUGCCAUUUGGUUCUCUGUUUCCAUCUCACCUUUCCCAUUUGUGGGCGCUAAUCCCAUGCCAAUCAGUAUUGGUCCCCUCUAAGUUAUUUCUUGGUAACUAAGUACUUAGUAACUGAGGUACUUCUUGGUACUCUGGAACCACUUAAAUUUCCUUUUAUCAUGAAGUCUGAAAAAGAUGGAAGAGGAGCUCAGGCGUGCCUGGCUCAUGUGGGCAAAAUGAUGAAAUUUCUCUCCCUCCCUUGUGUUCUGUAUCCAGCUAUGUACCAUAUGUAGAAUUAGUUCUCUCUGAUCCCCUGUAUUUCCAUCCCUUCAUAACAGUAUUCCCACCUGUUUCAUUUUUAUACUUUAUCUCACUCCUGUCUUCACUUUUGCAUAAUUAAUAAAGUCUUCCCAGCUCCUGUUGUCAGGACUGGGCAGAAACAAGGACCUAACAAA